CUGGUUAGACACUAUUAAAGAUGAAUAUUUAAACAGUGAGUCCUCCCUGUCUGUGUGAACGUGAUUCUGUUUACGUCGCCGAGGGGAAGUCAUGCUGCAUCACGUGUGUGUUUAUCCACGGCCACGCAGCCGGGGUCAGAGUUCAGUAAAUACUGAUGAUGUCAUCGUCUGAAGAUGGCUGAAGGAGAAAGCUGGUGGGGAGGCUGGCUUCAGCAGAGCUUCCAGGCCGUCAAAGACAAGUCAUCUGAGGCCUUAGAGUUCAUAAAGCGAGACCUGACAGAGUUCUCCACUGUGGUGCAACAUGACACAACCUGCUCAAUUGUGGCCACAGCCACGGCUGUCAGAAACAAGCUCGCGGUGGAAGGUUCCUCUGAGACCACAGAAAAGGUGAAGAAAAGCCUGUCUAGCUUCUUAGGGGUAAUAUCAGACACGCUUGCUCCACCCCCUGAUAAAACCAUUGACUGUGAUGUCAUCACAUUGGUGGCAACACCAGCCGGAACUACAGAGGUGUACGACAGUUCUAAGGCACGGCUCUACAGUCUGCAAGCUGACCCUGCUACGUACUGCAAUGAGCCUGACGGUCCCCCAGAGCAGUUUGACAACUGGCUGUCUGGCUUCAGUUUGGAAGACAAGAAAGCCGAAAUCUCAGAGCUUUUGGUCAACAGCCCGUCUAUACGAGCCCUUUACACCAAAAUGGUGCCAGCAGCUGUAGCCCAUUCAGAAUUCUGGCAGAGGUAUUUCUACAAAGUCUUCCAGUUGGACCAGGAGGAGGCCAGGAGAGUGGCACUGAAGCAGAGAGCAGAACAGACCGCACACACAGAGACACUGGGCUGGGAAGAGGAAGAGGAGGAGGAUGACUUCCUCGGUGCCACGUCAUCAUCUCAUCUCAACUUUACACCCCAGCUGGACAACAGCUCAACCCAGCUGCCCACGAGUUUGACAGGAACAGGAGCGACUCUGCUGAGCCCCGUGCUGUCCCCCAGCGAAGAGCGCGACGCCACCCUCUCGGUUAGCAGCGACAGCGUCAGCCUGCCGACGCAGGUGGAAGUGCAGCCAGAGCCGGUUGCCAGGGAGAUGACCGAGAACCUGACAGAAGCUAUCUUGGAAGGUGUCGCAGACAAGAAGCAAGAAGAGCAGAGGCCUGGAAAGAAUGACUUAACUGCUGAGGCUCAAGUGGAAGCUGCAACCCAGCCAGAGGCUACUGUCGAUGAGGCGCCAGUGCGGCCUUCUGCCCCCGCCUCUAAACCAGAAGCAGCAAAAGAGGAGGGGCCGCAGGACCUGAGAGUGUUCGAACUUAAUUCUGACAGCGGGAAAUCUACACCCUCUAACAAUGGCAAGAAAGGAUCCAGCACCGAUGUGAGUGAAGACUGGGAGAAAGACUUUGACCUGGACAUGACAGAAGAAGAAGUCCAGAUGGCACUCUCUAAAAUCGAAGCUUCUGGAGAGAUGGACGAAGACUGGGAGAACUGGGACUGAGAGCCGCUGCAACAGGAACUCUGUCCCGCCAUUAAAGCUAGUUCUCAGCAGACGAACCAUGCUUAACGUGUUUUAACUCUUUGUCCACACUGUCACCAUGCCAUGAUUGUCAGUAGGGGAUUUUCUGCCGGGUUCGGACCAUAUUGGUAAACCUGUUGAUAAGAGCAACGGGAAGACCGAGGCAAUAAGAAUUCGACCGCUCUGUCAGCUGUCAGUUUAGUGCAGAUAGGCCACUAGCCAGAGUAAUGACUCAGGUCUUGGCUAUUUCUUGGAGUAUGUUCUGACUUAGAGAGCAUCCGACUCUAGUAAUAGGCCGAGGCUGUAAUCAUUCUGACCCUUAAAGCUUAAGGACAUGCAGUGAUAAGUCAGAAUGUGAAAGGUUUCACCGCAGCAGGGGAGCAGCUGUUUUCCCUUUUUCUUUAUGCCGUUAAAUACACCAUGUAUGUUGCGAGCGUUUUUCAAGUUGGGCAAUGACUUAACUGCAGGCUGCAAAAUAGCCAUAAACUCUAAUGCUGCUUGUCACCUUUCUAAGAUGAAAUACGCCACAAGUGAUUUUUGAAUGGUGACGAUCGAUUGAUGUAAUUCUGUGCCCCUUUCUCUCUCAUCUUUAUUAUGCAAGUGAAUCUUCAGAAUGAGAAAAUAUUUUGGCCUUCAUUCAUGAACACUUUCAUUUUGGAUUCACUCCCAACUCUAGAUAUAUGGCCUUGUAAAGCACACAGAAGUGUGAUCAUGUUCUCUAAAUGUUUUUGUUACAAGUCAGUGAUCCGAAACACAGCCAGCUAAUGUGUCAUUAUCAGUCCCCCACCCCCCCACCCCCACCCCCGAUCAUAUCAUGUGAGUCAUUCGAGUAUAUGAGCUUGUUGCGGGCUACAUGUCACUGUAUGUCACUUUAAAGCAUUUGAUUUCUUUGACUUGUUUAUCCACUCGUCUUACUCGGGUAGAGGGAACUCAUUAAAUAUCACUCAUUAAGAAAGAAGUCAUUUAACUUAAUAAAGAGAAUUCAAACUGGAUACCAGAUUCUUUGGCUUGAAAUUGAGGACGGCAUUUUGUUAUUUACUUCUGUAGGAGAAUGUGGCAAAUCUGUGAUGUUUGAGGUUUUCUGCUGGCCCAUGUUCGGAACUAAAUAGCUCAGCAGGCAGUGUGCCAAGCAGACCAAGGAGCAACAUGAGCACGCUCCACGCUUUCCUGAUUUUCUUUUCCAUCACCUGUAAUGUAUCUGAGAAAAAAUAAUCCUAGAGAUGUAAUAUUUAUACUAAAAUAAAUGCUUAAUUAUUGUAUUAUGUGCUUUGGAUUGCAUGUCUGUGCAAUAACAUGCAAAACAUAGUGCAGAUGGUUAAUGUUGAGUUGUAUGUUUUUUGGUAUAGACAUUGGCUGUUCUUCAGGUUUUUAUGUUCUGAAAAUGUGUUGCAUGUCUCCAGUUCCCAGCUGUGUAUUCCCUUCAGAUUCACACUUUGAUCGAAUCAAAGCUAUUCUGCACACGUCUGUUUUCAAAGCUGUCUAGUUCCUUUUUUUUUUUUAAAGUCAAGUAUUUCACUAUAU